CAGUUGCAGCUUUAUAAACAUAUGUAAAAAGAAAGAUGGGGUUGUCCAAAAUAUGGGUAUCAAGCCUUGUCACAAAAAAAUCAUUUAAAUAUAUAUGCAUUUAUUAUUUAUUGAGUAGAAAAAAAAUAAAAGCUCAAAAGCCCCAGACAGUAAAGGCUGCAGUUUGACCACCGGAACAGAAGGGGGCAGUAGCCGCUCUUAGAAAAUCUUAAACGUCGGAUUGACCCUGCAGGUCAGUGAAUGAGGACUGAAUGGCGGUUUAAAGCCUUGCAAGCGCGUGUAACAAUGAAAAACUGGCUUUAUUUGAUUCAUCUUUUCAGUAGAUAAGUGGCACUUUUCCCCGAUAUUGUCAGUCGGAUAGAACAAUGACUUACACGCACAUUUUAAAAGUCGUGCAGCAAACUGUGCGGAGCUCCGGGAAGACAUGUCUGCCCGUGCAGGCUGGCGUGUUUCUGUUCACACGCCGGACAGGAGCGCUCAUGCACGGCGCGUCCGUCCGCGGGUCAGAGGUUCUUCCGUCCUCCCUGAGCUGCCUCUGUCAAACACGAAGAAGCUUUUCUCUCCACCACGUUGUCCUCAGAAACAAAAGGGGCGCGGAGGAGAAGCACAGGUCUGUUUCUGCAUAUCAGAGUGGGAGUCCGAAAGUGUCCUCUGCUCAGAAAGUCAAAGAUGCUGGGAGAGACUUCACCUACCUGAUAGUGGUCCUCAUCGGGCUUGGAGUAACAGGGGGGCUUUUAUAUGUGGUGUUCCAAGAGCUGUUUUCCUCUACCAGCCCAAAUAAAGUCUACAGCAGAGCCUUUGACAAGGUCAAGUCGCAUCCAGAGGUUAUUGGGGCAUUUGGAGAACCAAUUAAAUGCUACGGUGAGACCACCCGCCGAGGGAGGAGGCAGCAAGUCAGUCAUACAGAGUAUGUAAAGGAUGGACUGAAGCACAUGAGACUUAAGUUUUACAUCGAGGGAUCAGAGCCAGGCCUGAAGGGAACGGUCCAUUCAGAAUCCAAAGAGAAUCUUGAAACUGGAAAGUAUGAAUUCCGUUAUGUAUUUGUAGAGAUCGACACCUACCCCAGACGGACUAUUGUUGUGGAGGACAACAGAUGAGUUUUUCCUACACUAAGAAGUUGCAUUUGUAAAGUGUUUUUUUUAUGUCUGUGAACUAAGUAAAUAGCUUUUCUUGAAUAUUUUGUUGUGAAAUUUUAAGAAAAAUAUUGAUUAAUAAAUUAUUGCUCAUUAUCAAUACAUGAAUAUUUUGUAAAUAAAAUUUAGAUUAAAAAAAAGUAUGUUUUUUUAUGUAUGAUCACACAUAAUAUAGAAGGAGUAAUGUGCUAAAAAAAAACUUUUUCUUUUUUUUCUCCAAAUACUUCUAAAUGUUAAUCUGGCUUCUUUUGUUGUGUUUUACCCCAUUCAGGAUGACUUUUUCCCUUUUUUUGUUAUUUCAAAUGUGAACUUUGUGUUGAGAAACGGUAAUCACCACAUGGAGGUGCAGAAUUGAAUGUGUAUUAAUAAUCGACUGAAAUUUGUAGUAUUCCUAAUUGAUUUAGAUAACCUGUUUAAGGAGAUAAAACGGUUAACACCAAAAUAAUAAACAUUUGCAGAUGAAUUUUGCAGUCUUAUUUACUUUACUCAAGUUCAAUAAAUGUGUUCCCAAAUUUUGUAUUUGCAGUUUUUGGCCAAAAAAAUAAAUAAAAUAAAAAUCA